CAAGCUUCGAAUCUAUAUAUUUUCUUUUCACCUUUUUUUUUUUCUCCUUUAAUGGCGAUGUCCCCAACCACUGAACCUCCCAACAACUACAGCUUCUUCUUCUUCUUCACAUUCACUUCAUCUUCAUCUUUCUUCUUCACCUUUGCUUGCUCCUCCAUGGUUAUUUAUCAUAUGUUGCACCUCACCUGAUCUUUCACCUCUCUAAACACUGCUCAAAAUCAACUGUAAAGUGUAAACUACUAUCACUACUACUACUAAAAGACGACCCCUUUCUCCCCACCCCAAAGAGAGAAAUGAAGCUACCGAUAAUGGGUUUUAUUAACAAAGCUUUUUCUCUUUCCAUGACUCAUUUGUUUCUUACUGAGUUAAUCUUACUCGGUUUGAUGAUUUCUGUUUUCAUUCCAGCUCAAUGCUUCACUGAUGCUACCGAUGUUCAAGCUCUUCAGGUUUUAUACACUUCAUUGAACAGUCCUACAGAGUUAACAAAUUGGAAUAGUGAUGGUAAUGAUCCAUGUGAAGAAUCAUGGAAAGGGGUUGCCUGUGAAGGCUCAGCUGUUGUUUCCAUUGAUGUUUCUGGACUAGGACUUUCUGGAACUAUGGGAUACUUGCUCAAUGAUCUUAUGUCCUUGAAAACACUUGAUUUGAGUAACAACAACAUUCAUGACACGAUUCCAUAUCAGUUGCCACCGAAUCUUACGAGCCUGAAUGUUGCAGGUAAUAACUUAAGUGGGAGUCUUCCUUAUUCCAUUUCCACUAUGGUUACUCUUACUUACCUGAACGUAAGCUUUAAUUCACUUUCCCCUUCAGUUGGAGAUGUUUUUGCUAAUCUUACCGACCUCGGGACCUUGGAUCUUUCCUUCAACAAUUUUAGUGGGGAUCUACCUGUUUCAUUUAGCUCAUUGACCAAUCUUUCGGCGCUGUAUAUGCAGAACAAUCAAUUUUCCGGUUCUCUUAAUGUUCUCUCGGGUUUACCUUUGAACACUCUAAAUGUUGCCAACAACAAUUUAAGUGGAUGGAUUCCUCAAGAACUUUUUUCACUCCCGACUUUUAUAUGCGAUGGGAAUUCCUUUGCCAAUGGACCUGCUCCUCUGCCACUACCAUAUAGUCCACCUCCACCUGGUAGAUCUCGUCAUAAACAUAAAACUCGACCAGGAACUCGUAAAUCCCCCGAUUCCGAUGCUCAAUCAUCAGAUUCAGAUAAGGGACCAUCAGCUGGACAAAUUGUAGGCAUUGUUCUUGGUUCUUUGUUGCUACUUGUCCUUGUACUACUUGCUGCUGUUUUCUGUAUUCAUAAAAAUAAACAGAAGGUGAGUGGUGCAAGAGCUUCAAAGGGAAGUUUUUCAGCUGGCUCCAAUGAUGGACAUACCGAGAUGCAAGAGCAGAGAGUGAAAAGUGUUGCUGCCGUUAUAGAUUUGAAACCCCCACCAGCAGAAAAGGUGACAACGGUCGAUAGGAUUUCCAAAAAUGGAUCUCUAAACAGAAUGAAGUCACCGAUCACUGCUACAUCAUAUACCGUCGCAGCUUUACAAACAGCAACAAAUAGUUUCAGUCAAGAAUACCUUAUCGGCGAAGGUUCCCUUGGUCGUGUUUACAAGGCCGAGUUUCCAAACGGAAAGGCAAUGGCUAUUAAAAAAAUAGACAAUGCUGCAUUAUCAUUACAAGAGGAAGACAAUUUUCUAGAAGCUGUCUCCAAUAUGUCACGUUUGAGACAUCCUAAUAUAGUUACAUUGGCCGGAUACUGUGCCGAGCAUGGACAGCGUCUUUUGGUAUAUGAAUAUGUAGGCAACGGUAGCCUUCAUGAUAUGCUGCACUUUUCCGAUGAUGGUGGCAAGACAUUAAGCUGGAAUGCACGUGUCAGAGUAGCGCUCGGCACUGCUCGGGCUUUAGAGUACUUGCAUGAAGUGUGCUUGCCUUCAGUUGUACAUAGAAAUUUCAAGUCGGCAAACAUUUUACUUGACGAUGAACUCAAUCCGCACUUGUCCGACUGUGGCUUAGCUGCUCUUAAUCCAAAUACCGAGCGGCAGGUUUCAACACAGGUGGUUGGUUCAUUUGGUUAUAGUGCUCCUGAGUUUGCAUUGUCGGGAAUAUAUACCGUAAAGAGUGAUGUGUAUAGCUUCGGGGUGGUGAUGUUGGAGCUGCUAACUGGUCGGAAACCACUAGACAGUUCAAGGGUGAGAUCAGAACAAUCACUUGUCCGAUGGGCCACUCCACAACUACACGAUAUCGAUGCCCUUGCGAAAAUGGUUGAUCCUACACUCAAUGGCAUGUAUCCUGCAAAAUCUCUGUCGCGUUUUGCUGACAUCAUCGCUCUAUGUGUUCAGCCGGAACCCGAGUUUCGACCUCCCAUGUCUGAGGUCGUGCAAGCGUUAGUGAGGUUAGUACAAAGGGCAAGUGUUGUGAAACGGCGACCAAGCGAUGAAUUGGGAUUCGGGUAUAAGACUCCAGAUCAUGAGGCGGGGGACUUUUCGUUUUAAGGUCUGGGAAAACCAUCAAUCCCGAAAAUCGAAAGAGUAAUCAAGUUUAUGUAAUUAUAUGUCUCAUACGUUGACACUUUUUUUAAAAAAGUUUAUUAUAGUGUUUACAGUGCAAAUAUAUAGGUGUAUUAUUGGACAACAUGAUGCACAUUCAUGUUUUUUGCAUCAUAGUAAUAAAAUAAUAAUUUUCUGUAGUUUUCAAGCAA